AUGUUCUCUGCCAAGUUCCUCACCUUCCUCGUCGUCGCCCUCCUGGGCUUCGUCAACAUCGCUGCUGCUGCCACCCCGCCAGCUUGCCUGAUCAGCAUCAUCGGCUCGGAGCCCAACCCCAACGACGUCGCCACCAUCUGCAAGAAGGACAGCAUCCAGUCCGACAUCGCUUCCAACUGUGGCUCCGAGAAGGCCGAUGCCAUGACCGCCUACUCGUCCGUCUGCAAGGCAGCCGGUGUCACCGUUUCUACCUCUGCCUCUGCCUCGGCCUCGGCCUCUGCUACCAAGUCUGGUUCCUCCAGCGCCUCCGCUACCGGCUCCGUCACCACCCCCGGCUCUUCCGUCAGCACCCCCGGCGCCUCCUCCGGCUCCAGCAGCGGCUCCUCUUCCACCACCACCCCGGCCCCCACCAACGACGCCCCCAACAAGAUCCAGAACGUCGGCUUCAUGGCCCUCGGCGCCUUCGCUAUCGGCGCCAUCGCCCUUCUGUAA